CCGGAGAUCCCUCAUCCAGGUCCCCCCUACCCGUGCCUCAUUUUUGUAAUUACCCCGACAAUAGUGGGCCGUUGCAUCUUGUACAUACUAUUAUUCGCUUCUAUACUUACGGAGUACAUCUUGUCCGAAGGUAUCCACCGUCGCUCGACCGCCAGUAGAUACCAUAUUAUUAUCAGACGGCUUCAUUUAUCCUAGUUACCUUACCCUGUUAUCUACAAUCAUAUACCCUAGUCUCCUUGUCUAUUAUACCCUCCUCUACGCAUCAUGUCUAAGACUUUCACAAAAGACGACGUAGCGUCGCACAGCAAGCCGGAUAACCUCUGGGUGAUUAUCGACGAGGACGUCUAUGACUUGACCGGCUUCCAAGACGAACAUCCAGGUGGAAAGAAGAUCCUUCAGCGGGUUGCCGGAAAAGAUGCCUCGAAACAGUUCUGGAAAUAUCACAAUGAGGGAAUUCUGAAGAAAUACAAGGGAAAGCUGCAGAUUGGUUCCUUGGAUUCGAAGAAGGCGGCUGCAUCCGAGCCUGCUGCGUCUCCUGCUCCGGCCAAGACACAGACUUCUAAGCCUGUGGCAGCACCCGUUGAUGUUGCUUCGGCGAAGUCGUCGGAGACUCAAGAUCCGUAUGGUGACUUGGUCCCUUUUGCAGAUCCUUCGUGGUACCAAGGUUAUCACUCGCCUUACUUUAACCAGACUCACUCCGCGCUCCGCGAUGAGGUUCGCCAAUGGGUUGAUUCAGAGAUCGAGCCGCAUGUGACCGAAUGGGAUGAAAGCAAGAAGGUGCCCGAUCAUAUCUAUAAGCAGAUGGGUGAAAGGGGGUACUUGGCAGGUCUACUUGGUAUGAAGAAGUACCCUGUCGAUUAUACUGCGCACCGUGUGCAGUCCGUUGCGCCAGAGAACUGGGACCUAUUCCAUGAAAUGCUCCUCACUGAUGAGCUCUCUCGUGUCGGAAGCGGUGGCCUGGUCUGGAACCUCAUCGGUGGCUUUGGCAUUGGUUGUCCGCCAUUGGUGAAGUUUGGAAAGAAGCCUCUAGUCGAAAGAAUCCUGCCUGCUAUAUUGGCCGGAGACAAGCGCAUUUGCUUGGCAAUUACCGAGCCAGAUGCGGGCAGCGAUGUUGCCAACCUUACCUGCGAGGCCAAGCUGAGUCCCGACGGCAAGCACUACAUUGUCAACGGCGAGAAGAAGUGGAUCACUAACGGUAUCUGGUCCGACUACUUCACCACCGCGGUCCGAACUGGUGGCCCUGGUAUGAAUGGCGUCAGUGUGCUCCUCAUUGAGAGAGAUAUGGGCGGUGUCAGCACCAGGCGCAUGGAUUGCCAGGGUGUCUGGAGCAGUGGCACCACCUAUAUCACCUUUGAGGAUGUCAAGGUGCCAGUUGAGAAUCUCAUUGGAAAGGAGAAUCAAGGUUUCAAAGUGAUCAUGACCAACUUCAACCACGAGCGAAUUGGCAUUGUAAUCCAGUGUGUUCGGUUCUCCCGUGUGUGCUAUGAAGAGUCGAUGAAGUAUGCGCACAAGCGCCGAACCUUCGGCAAGAAGCUCAUCGAUCAUCCCGUCAUUCGCAUGAAGCUGGCACACAUGGCCCGUCAGAUCGAGGCAACCUACAACUGGCUGGAGAACAUCAUCUUCCAGUGCCAAUCGAUGGAUGAGACCGAAGCCAUGCUCAAGCUGGGUGGAGCUAUUGCCGGUCUGAAGGCACAAUCUACCACCACCUUUGAGUUCUGUGCCCGUGAAGCCAGUCAGAUCUUCGGCGGUCUCAGUUAUAGCCGAGGCGGACAAGGUGGUAAGAUUGAGAGGCUGUACCGUGAUGUUCGUGCCUACGCGAUCCCAGGUGGAAGCGAGGAAAUCAUGUUGGAUCUCAGCAUGCGCCAGAGCUUGCGUGUGCACCAAAUGUUUGGGCUCAAACUUUGAGUCUGCUGUAACUGUUCAUGCCAAGCUGAUUGAAAUUCUGGAGUAUAUAGAUGCGCCACUAGCUUAUUGAUGACAAUUUCCUGCCCUCAUC